AUGGACUCUAGAACUAUUGGUAUUCUAGGUGGUGGCCAAUUGGGUCGUAUGAUUGUUGAAGCUGCUAACAGAUUGAACGUGAAAACAGUUAUUCUUGAUGCUCCUGGCUCACCAGCUAAACAGAUUAAUAGUGUUACUGAACAUGUGAAUGGUUCAUUUGCUAAUCCAGAUGAUAUUGAGAAAAUUGCGGCCAAGUGUGAUGUAUUGACUGUGGAAAUUGAACAUGUGGAUGUUCCUACUUUAAAAGGAUUGCAAGAGAAAUUCCCCAAUUUGAAGAUUUAUCCUUCACCAGAGACUAUCGAAUUAAUCCAAGACAAGUAUUUGCAGAAGCAACAUUUGAUUAAAAACAAGAUUGCCGUAACGGAAAGUGUGUCAAUCGACACCGCAAGCGUAAGUGCUUUGAAGGAAGUUGGGGAAAAAUUGGGUUACCCAUACAUGUUGAAAUCUAAGACUUUGGCCUACGAUGGUAGAGGUAAUUUUAUCAUUAAAAAUGAAGGUAAAAUUCCUGAAGCCCUAGAAUUCUUGAAAGAUCGUCCUUUGUACGCUGAGAAAUGGGCUCCUUUCAAGAAAGAAUUGGCUGUUAUGAUUGUGCGCUCCAUUGACGGCCGUGUUUUCUCUUAUCCAACUGUAGAAACUGUCCACAAGGACAAUAUCUGUUUCCUAUGUUAUGCUCCAGCGAGAAUACCAGACUCUGUCCAACUGAAGGCUAAAUUGCUAGCUGAAAAUGCGGUGAGAGCUUUCCCAGGUUGCGGUAUCUUUGGUGUCGAAAUGUUUUACCUAGAAGACGGUGAAUUGCUUAUCAAUGAGAUCGCUCCAAGACCACAUAACUCUGGCCAUUACACCAUUGACGCUUGUGUCACUUCUCAAUUUGAAGCUCACGUCAGAGCAGUGUUGAAUCUGCCAAUGCCAAAGAACUUCUCCGCUUUAACAACUUCAGAGACCAAUGCUAUCAUGCUGAACAUCCUGGGUGAUGAGAAAAGAAAAAAUAAAGAACUUCAAAUCUGCAAACGUGCUUUGGAGACUCCAGGUUCUUCAGUCUACCUAUACGGUAAGGAAUCUAGACCAAAGAGAAAGAUGGGUCACGUUAAUGUGGUCACUUCUUCAAUGGAAGAAUGUGAAAGAAGAAUGUCCUAUGUCAUCGGUAAAUUGAAAGAGCCACCAAAGAUAUCUGCCGCUACUAAGAUGAUAAAUGAAGCUGAAAAAGCACCACUGGUUGGUGUCAUAAUGGGCUCAGACUCAGAUCUACCGGUUAUGUCCGCAGCUUGUGAAAUUCUAGAACAAUUUGAAGUUCCUUUUGAAGUUACUAUCGUUUCUGCACACAGAACACCUAACAGAAUGAGCAAGUAUGCCAUUGAAGCUUCACAAAGAGGUAUCAAGGCCAUCAUUGCCGGUGCAGGUGGUGCAGCUCAUUUGCCAGGUAUGGUCGCAGCGAUGACUCCACUACCUGUGAUUGGUGUUCCAGUUAAAGGUUCCUGCCUAGAUGGUGUUGAUUCCUUGCACUCCAUCGUUCAAAUGCCAAGAGGUGUGCCAGUCGCCACCGUUGCCAUUAACAACAGUACAAACGCAGCUCUAUUGGCCAUCCGUCUCAUUGGUGCCUUUGACGCUUCUUUACACCAUAAGAUGCAACAUUUUUUGCUAAGACAAGAGACAGACGUUCUGGAAAAGGCUGCCAAGUUGGAGAGUGAAGGCUACAAAAACUAUCUCAAAUCCAAAUGA